AUGCUCUUCUAUUUGAGCAUUAUCAUAAUAAUAUCGCCACUAAAGUGCCUUGCUGUUGUUUACAUCGAAAAUUCCAUCUUAGGUGUACCAAAAGUAUCAUGUGAAGAAAGUGACUUAUCAUUGCAUGUGAUAACAGCAAAACCAUUUCAUGGUAAUAUAUUUGUAAAAGGAUGGGCUAAGGAUUCUUCAUGCAAGCAAUCUUAUGAUUAUAAUAAUACUAAUUCCUAUACGUUAUCACUCGGUAAAUGUGGUAUGCUACGUUUGCGCUCAGUUAAUCCACGUGGGAUUAAUUUUAUUGUAACAGUGAUUGUAUCAUUUCAUCCAGCUGGUUUUAUAACCAAAAAUGAUCGAGCAUUUCAUCUUAAAUGUUUCUACCUGGAACCGGAUACAAUUGUUACGUCAGCUCUUCAUGUCAGCCCAUUGGUAACAACAGAACUACAGGAUGAUUUAAAAUUUCCAACAUGUGAAUAUACCGUACGACGUGAUAGUAUUAAUGGGCCACAACUUACAUUUGCAAAUGUUGGCGAAACGGUAUUCCAUGUUUGGGUAUGUGAUGGCAUCGGUAUGGGAAUGCUUGUUAAAAAAUGUUUUGUAACCGAUGGAGAAGGCACUGAUCAUCAGGUUUUGGAUUCUAAUGGUUGUUCAUUAGACAAUUUUUUGCUAAGUGAGCUGGUAUACGAUACAUCAUCAUUAAUGAAAGCACAUGCUCAAAGUCAAGUAUUCAAAUAUGCUGAUAGUAAUCGAUUAUUUUUCACUUGUCAAAUUCAGUUGUGUCAAAAAACAAUGGGUUACUGUGAUGGAAUUACGCCACCAAAAUGUUCGAAGGAAGUAAGUGAUAGCGAAAAGCGCAAUCGUCGUUCGAUUUCGCAUUUGAAAUCAUCAUUAAACAACAAUAAUCAAUUAAGUGAUAACAAUCUUGAAAUGGAUAUUACUUCAUCGGAAAUGUUUAUUGGUGGAAUCGAUGAUAUGAUAAUUGAAACAUCAUCCUCAUGCUUUUCACCAUUUCUCAUUGCUCUCUCAAAUUUUGUUCUUUUCACUUUAGUUACCGUUCUUUUGAUUAUCGUUGUAGCAAUAAAGAAGGAAACACGGACAGCAAUCAUUUCUAUGACAUAUUUUAUCAUCUGUUAUAUAUUUUAUCAGAAAUAA